UUUGUUUACAAUAGACACAAAAGCACAAGUUUCAUUUUUUCUUAUUUGCUCUACAUCUUCAUUUUAGAUUUUAAUUAAUUAACACUAAGUAGACGCGAGUUUAAUUUAUAAUUGUAAGUAAAUUUUGAUUUCAAUCUUAAGAAUAGGAGAUUCGCAAGUGAAUUUAAGGAAAAAUGAACUGGGACGAGGAUAUUGACCUAAUGCCAGGUAGAAAGGUUCAGCCGAAGCAAGGCCGAAGAUCAGAUCCCAACACCCCGGGAGAUUCAAACGAGUUCUUCGCCGACUCGAAUCCCUUUGAUAUUGACAACAAGGAAGACAAACCGUUACUAAAACCUAGAAAGACCAGCUUGUGGGGAGAUGAGGCAAGCAAAACCAAAUCGAGCAAAGGAACUACAAAUAUCAUCGAAUUGGAAAGAUUUCAGUUAGAUAGUAAAGAGAGUCCCAGGAAAACCGAUGAUGAUGACGACAUUCCAGUCAUUCCGGACAUUGACGACUUACAAUUAGAUGAUCCUUUAAAUUUACCUGACGUCAAACCCAUGGUAUCCGUGGACAAAUCGACGUACAAAGAGCUGGACUCCCAACUAGGAAACGUGCAGGGGGAUAAAUUGAAUUUUGGUAACUUAGGAAACAUCGAUUUGUCGAUUUUGACUAGCAAACUGUAUCCGGAAAAGGAGGUGCAGCUAAAGCAAGAAGUUUGGACUAUGGAGAGUUUAUUUAAUGACUUAUCUAGAGGCAACUAGGCAACAAUAUGCAUUUCAAAAAUGUUAAAUUUGUUGGCUGUUGGACGCUAUUCGACAAAAUCGCCUCUAACUCGGAAAAUUUAAAAAAAAAUGUUCCGAUAUUAAAUUAUAAGAAAAUAUAAAGGCUUUUUCUUUGAGUAGAACAUUCUAAGAAUAUUCAAAUUAAUUCGUGAUAAUAUUCGCAACACUAUUGAGAUGUUUUUAGAAAAAUUAUCAAAAAAUAUGCCCUUACCGAAAUCCUUAACCCAAGACCACACACGCUGCCCGGCCGGGCAGCGCCCUUAGACGGACGGAUAAAUAUCCUGACCGUGUGAAAGAGGCCUAAAUCAACUUGAAUAUUGGGAUAUUAUUUUAAUUUACAUCGAGUAUAUAAGGAUCCCGGGUCGCUAGGAGGCCAGCUCACAUCGGAAUAUUGGCGCGAAUUUUGAAUCGUCAUUAAUAUUCAUACAUAAUUCUAGUAGUCUUUUUACUAUGUACGUGUAAAAUGUAAAAUAUAUCAAUUAACUAUG